AUGCCUGAUAAAGAUUCCAGCACUCCCCGUGUCUUCCUUUACCGACACGGGCAGACGGAGUGGUCCAAGAAUGGACGGUACACCGGAAUCACGGAGCUUGAACUCACUCAAGAUGGUAUCAACCAAGUCAACGCAUCCGGCAAGAUGAUUGUUGGAUCGGGCAGACUGAUUGACCCGGCUAAACUUGCCCAUGUCUACAUCAGUCCUCGCAGGCGAGCGAUGCAGACCUUCGAGAUUGCUUUCUCGGAUGCUGAUAAGCAGGCGCUGAACGAUGCGCAAAAGGUCUCUGAGACUGAUCGACUGGCUGAGUGGGACUACGGUCUGUAUGAAGGCCUCUUGACUAAGGAGAUCCGCGCGUUGCGUAAGGACCACGGUCUCGACACCGAGAGCGAGUGGGAUAUUUGGAGAGAUGGAUGCGAGAAUGGCGAAUCCGCUCAACAGGUGACGGACCGUCUUGACAAUCUGAUUCAAGAGAUCCGUGCGAUCCACAAAGACAACAUGCACAGCGAGAAGCCUUCUGAUGUCCUGCUUGUUGCACAUGGCCAUCUGCUUCGUGCCUUUACGAAGCGCUGGUUGGGAUAUCCCAUGGAGUUCCCCCUCUCUCUGAUGCUCGAUCCCGGCGCCGUUGGCGUCCUCAGUUACCAACAUCAUAGCAUUGAUGAGCCUGCCAUGUUGGUUGGAUACGGAUACCCAUUGCAGGAUUGA